CAUAAUGUUUUUUGUUAUUCAAUAAUUGGAAAUACGACGAAAUGAACUAUUUUUAGAAUGUACAAAUGCUCUUUAAGCGCCGCACCUCACGAUUUCAGAUCUGAAAUUUUCUUUCCAUUUCGAUUCUGUCUCAAUUUUUUUUUCUCAUUUCACGAUCUGGGUUCUCUCUCUUUCAUCGUUUUCGUUCUCCAAGUCACUCGUUCCCUCUGUUUUUAUUUGUUUUUGUUCCCCAAAUCUCCUUCUCAGCUUUGUUGUUCGAUCUCUUCAUGGAAUCUAGCUUGAAAAUGGCGGAAAUGGCUUCUUCUUAUUGAUUUACUGUUUGUCGGGUUCUCCAGAGUGUUAAGAAGAUGAGAAGAAAAGAAGGCCCUUUUGAUUCAGGAUCCUGGUAGAAUGAUUGCUCUGUGCUGAAAUGGAAAGUAAAACCUCUUUAGAUGGGUGGUUUAGAUUGUAUGGCUACAAAAGAUAGAGAGUUUGAAAUAGAUCUUGAAGGUGGUGGUAAUACCAGCGAAGAUGAUUUGAGCAGUGAAACUGACUCAACAUCAAAAAGACAUGCUAGAAAAACUUUUAACAGGCUUCGGAGUGGGUUUCUGAGUUCUGAUGGAUCUAUAAGUCGAAUUGGUAGCUUUGCUUCCAGUAGUAAUUCCACCAAGCUUGUUAAGCUUGGUGUCGAUGAGAAUGUGGAGUUGUCGAUGGACAGUUCAGAUGGAGAAAAGAGGAGAGAAUUUGGGGCUUUUGCAGAGAAGAAGAACGUGAAAGGGAAGAUUGGAAAAGUUCACAAGCCACCACGACCUCCGAGGGGUCCAUCGUUGGAUGCUGCUGACAGGAUCUUUGUUAAAGAGAUGACUGAGUUAGCCGUGAAAAAGCGUGCCACAGUUGAGAGAAUAAAAGCUUUGAAGAAGAUGAAAGCUGAGAAAGCAUCUUCAUUCAACAGCAGCUUACCUGCCUUAUUUAUCACGCUGCUUUUCUUUGUAGUCAUCAUCUUUCAAGGAAUGAGUGCUAAAGGUAGCACAAUGGUAUUGAUGUCGGAUUCUCCUGCCCCUUCCGUCGGUGGAAGUGCAGGCUUGAUUGUUCAACAUUCGUUUCAAUCUUCCCCCGAUGUUAACGAACCUCAAUCCCACAUUCUCAAUUUUGCAGGAAAGCAAACUUCUGACCCUGAUGCCAUACGAGAAGCGAGGUCGGUGGAAGAGUUGAAGAACCACUAAAGUUUAGUGUCAAUAAUCUGGAUAUGAUUCUUGAAUGGAGAUUCCUCGACUCCGACUCUCCAAAAUGAGGAAUGGGGUGGGGAUGCGGAUUAUAAAUCCCCAAGAAGACAGGUAUGGGUACGAGAAGUACAUCUCCGACCCCGUGGUCACACAAAAUCUUUUUUAGAUUUUAGUGUUGGAAAAAUAUAAGAAAUAUCUAAUUAAUUAGAUAUUUUUUAUUACACUGUUAUGCAAUCCCAAUGUCAUCAAAUAUCAGAUAUCAGAUAUUGUGUGUGGUGUGCCUCUA